ACCGCCGCCAUCCACCCCAUGUCCUCCGCUGCACACAAGAGACUCCUCAAGGAGGUGCACCAGACUGCAGACCCGGCGUCGCUGCCCGACUCCAUCGUGUCUCUGCACCCCCGGUCGGAGUCAGACCUGCACAACUGGGUCGCCGUGAUCCACCCGUCGGCGUCGUCGGGCUCGCUCUACGCCGCCGGCUACUUCAGGUUGCUCAUCUGCGUGCCGCCAGCGUACCCGUUGGAGCCACCGCAGAUCCGGUUCGACGUGGACAACCCCGCAGGCGCCGGCGCCGGCGCCAAGGACCCCAUCUGCAGACAGAUCCCACACUGCAACGUGGACUUCAAGACAGGCGAGAUCUGCUUGGACAUCUUGAAGCCCGACUGCUGGUCGCCCGCGUGGACGCUACAGACAGCGGUCUUGGCAAUAGUGGUAUUGCUGGACAACCAGGAGCCCGACAGCCCCUUGAACGUGGACAUGGCCAACCUCUUCCGGCUCGACGACCAGACCGCCAUCCGGUCCGUCAUCAACUACUACGUCCACCGCCCGGUCUGAGCGCCGAUUUACUGUAUUUUAUAUUAUUAUUACUAUCUUAUAUAUAUAAAUCUUAGUAAAACACUUAUUUCUUGGACUUGUCCUUGGCAGCAGCCUCCUUUAAGACCUUCUUGACAACCUUUUGUUCUUCAAUGAGGAAAGCUCUGACGAUUCUUUCCUUGACACAGUUGGCGC